CCUUCCCCACCUUGGCUUCCGCUUUGGCCGAUGCCCCAUGGACAGAACUCUUCUGCUGCCCACCAUCCGCCAACCGCAUCUUCGGAGCCCUCAUGUACUUCAGAUAAAUCAUCGUACUCGCUCCAAUCUAAACCGGCCCAGCUUCCCGUCCGCUGACAACACCUCCAUCGCUAACGACUGGAUCGGCCUCCCACUCCAUUUCGAAGUAGCCACAGAGCGCAUCGAGCUAGACGGAUUCCAAAUAUACGCGGUUGAGAAGUGGAUUGUUGACCGGAACCGUGCUGUGACCUGCCUGACUGUCUAUACCGGAGACCCGGCGCACCGUAUCAUAGUCACAGCUCUUCGACCGGCUGCUUCACUUUCCCCAGCAGAAGCUCAUGCGGAAUGGGACAAGGCUAUCCAGCAUCUGAGGCGUGAUGCACGUCCCCGAGAGACCCCUCACGGAGUGGUCCUGGCGACAUCUCUUGCUCACUUUCGCUCGGACUACACCAUCGUCCCUAUCCCUAACGGUGACUUUCUCCUGUACCGGGACAAGUUGUACACCAACAUCAAUCUUUUACGUAUGGGCUGCAGUGGGCGAAGUGCGCUUACUCUGGAGGAGCCCAGCGACACCACCAAGGACCGGUUCAUUGCCACAUAUCAUCUCCCUGAGUCGAUCAUAAAUGGCACCUCAGCCUCGGCCAUUUCGACAUCUGCUAGUCCAGCAGGCACGCCAAAUCCGUCACCUUCGAAACACAGAACGCGGUUGUCAAUUUCCCCACCCAGCCCUCGUGCUGAAGACACACCACCAGCCUUGCUGAGCCACCGCCGCCACCACACCGCUAUGGCUAUCACACUUCCAUCUCCGUUCCUCGAUGUAGCACCGGGGGCCGUUUCUCCGUCUCUGAUCAGCAGUCCUGGUGGCCGACCGAUGGUCAAGUCGAAAUCUCGGGGCGUUGAUCGAGGCCUUUUUGGAGGCAGUGUUCUAGAGCUCGUUCGCCUCGUUCAAAUCGGACUGGCUAUCUUCGGAUUGUUCUCCAUCGAACUGGAAGCAUUCGAUGGCUUACUAUGCGAUAAGACGGUCGAAGGCCUAAAUACAUGGACGACAGAGAUCGGGGUGAAAUGCGUCAAUGUGGAGCUCACAGAGCAGAUUGCAGACCCUGCUGUCAUCUGCGCUCUUCUCAGUCUUGUUUUGGCUACACGAAACAAGCUUGCGGUCUUGGCUGGCAGCAGCAAUGCAUAUCUCGUCCCGAAGGAUCCCUUCCUCCGGCCACAUGCCUUUCUUGUUGCUCUGUCAUUGCAUCCCCAAGUUCCCAGUCAUCACCAUUUCAACCUGAACAGUACACCUUCUACGCCUUCAUUUCCAUUUCUGACUCAUUCGCACUCCUUGCCGACAACGCCUGCGGCGUCGACCUUGGCCUUGUCGACGAAUGCCAGGGCGGUCAUCCCACUGUCCCGAGCCAGUUUGGAGCAUGUCAACAUGUCUUACUCUGACAAAGUGCGCGUCGGCGAAAGAAGACGAAGCAAAGGAGCUCGUGCCCUGCUGAGGCUUGAUGGAGAAAGCAGCGACAGCGCAAGUGGUUCCGAAGGCGACAAGGACCACGCCGGGGAAGGAAGUGGACAGCUUCUCACAGGUAUCGGCAGUCUCGUUGGCCUCAAUGUCGGAGGCGGGGCUGCUGCUGCCUCAGGUGUACUGGAACCGAGUGUCGAUUUGGAAGCAUUCGUUCGCACUGUAGUCGGGAAAGGCCGGGGCUCAAAAGACAGGGCUAAUCUAAAGGGAAUCCCGAUCCUCGGCGGCAAAGGCCGUGAGCGUGCUUUGACAGGGGCCACGGAACUUGCCGACGGCACUUCAGGCGUCGAUCGAGAGCGCAAAGAGAAGGGAGCGGGCAUCCUGAAUGGUGUGGCCGGAACUGUCCGUGGUUUGUGGAGUGGUCUUGUGUGGGAAGUGGCGGCCUUGCGUGACAAGGAGCUUCAGGUUGCCAUUCGGAGACGAGAAUUAGGCGAUCGAGCCAACGCGGGUGCUUUGAGCGAUGGCGACGACGAGGAACUUCGCAUCAAAGCUGACAGGGACGGAGGCCGCUCAACGGAAGAUGAGACCGGUGGCGCCCUCAAUGAUAAAUGGGGUAAUCGAGUGCAGAAGAAAUUCGAGUCGUGGACGAGGCUCAGCCGCCUGGAACGCAAAAAGCCAUCUCAUCCCCACCAUCCGAAUCAAAGUGUCGAGCUGUCUUCAGGGCGGAACUCACUCGAAGAACACAGUAGCCCCAGCUUCGUCAGAAAGCGACCGCGAAUCCCGCUACAAGAGUUUAGCCCAUCCCCUGAUGUGGGGGAAGACGAUAUUCUCAGCAGCGGACAGGCAUCGCCGGUUUUAGGAGGUGGGCAUGCGCAGCUUGUCUGUUUCUUACGGCUCAAAGAACCUUCCAGCCGAGGACCCGAGGACACCCACCCAGAUUGAAAAUUAUCCAUCUGCGGCGAGCUCGGCUGCGAACCUGGUGACCUCAGAGGAAUUCGGGCGCAAACUAAGUGCAUUCAAUACUAAAAGGCCUCCCGGUAUCAGGGCUGCUCAAGCCAGAAUUGCGAGCUGGUCUGAUCCCAUCAGCGCUCAAGCGCUCGAUGAAAGCGACAGCGACGGGAGUGCUGCAAGUCGGCCGAAGAAGCGCAAAUAUACAGCAAGCGGCCUUGCGAGAGCCUUCGUCCUCGACAACGACGACGACGAGCACGUUCUUCACGAUGAGCCAGAGGAUACCGAGGCUGCUGGCUAUCUCAGCGACGCACCAGCCAGACCUUCUCGCCGCAGCAUCCCAGCUUUGUCAAGACGAAGGAGUUGGCACGCCGAUUCCCAGGCUUUUAGGGGCCUAGAAGUGAUUCAUCCGGAGAGAAUGCGCAUUGAUGUCGCUCUCUGCGGGCAGUUUUUGGUCAUGUGGCGAAGAGAACAAUAUUUAGACAACGUUCUAGCCUGUGUCAAGGCCAGUUCCUGUCGCAGCAUCUGGGUCGUCAUUCUCAUGGGUUUUCCAGCUACUGACCACUUCUUUGAUCGAGACCAAUGCUCGCUUGGAGCGCGAUCUCGUCCACCACGGACCUGCAUUGAACCAGCUUGCUCGGGAGACCCAGGUCAUCUCAGAAAUCGAUGCCCAGGUAGUCGUUUCGAAGGAUAUCAGCCAAGCCCAGAACUCUCUCACGUAUGAAACACAACAAUUUAUCGUCCCGGAACUUUGGCACGCCGCGAGCCAGCCUCGGCAUACGACAUUUGCCCUGCGGGACAAGGUAUUUGGAACUGGCAGUCGCCGAUUGCCACCCGGCAAACGUGGAGCCCAUGGACGGUUCAAUCGUCUACAGUGGACACUGGACGGCCAGGGACGACUGGUCGACCAUCUCGGGCGAACAGAGAGUGAAGCCGAAGAAGAGAGUCUGGAGGAAAUGGGUCCACUACGCCCGCCGUCGCCCCAAGAAGAGGAGCCAGAACCCGUCAAGCAUCGUGCGAUCAGACCCAUGUGGCUUUUGCGAUUCUUCACUGCUCGAGGAGGCCCCGUCGCAUCGGAAAGUCCUCCCGAGGGCAAAAGCACAGCAGUAGAGCUUGAUAAUCCCUCGCUGACUGUUCCCACAUCUCGCACAUCGCAUUGAUUAGCUAAUUAGCAGUAUUAUUAAUAUGCACCGCUCAUUUACGCGACAUCUUGGACUGCUGCUUGCGCACACUCCGCUUUCGCUCGCGCUCAAGAGCCUUCUUCUGAUCAGCCGCACUGAGAGUGGCGAUGCGGUCCUCUGCAGCCUUGCGUUUGGCCGCCUUUUUCGCCUCGAGAGCCUCGGCCUCCU